AUGCUGUCUCGAAGCAUAGUUGCCGUCUCCCGCAUGGCGCCGAUGCGCCAUUUGCGCCCGUCCCCCGUCUUCCGCCAGGGCCUCCCGAGCUUGGUACGGUACUAUGCGGACAAGAUCAUCCAGGUCCCGCCCAUGGCCGAGUCCAUAUCCGAGGGAACUCUCAAGCAGUUCUCCAAAUCCGUUGGCGACUACGUCGAGCAGGAUGAGGAGAUUGCCACCAUUGAGACGGACAAGAUCGAUGUCGCCGUCAACGCAACAGAAGCCGGAGUCAUCAAGGAGUUUUUCGUCAAGGAGGAGGACACCGUGACCGUUGGCCAGGACUUGGUCCGUGUCGAGACUGGCGGCGAGAAGCCCGCGUCAUCAGGAGAGCAGGAGAAGCCCAAGGAGGAGUCUAAACCCCCCCCCAAGGAGCAGCCCGCGGAGAAGCCCCAGAAGAAGAGCGAGCCCGAGUCUGCUGCGGCAUCGGGACCUGCGCCGACACCUGGUAACCGCGAAGAGCGUCGGGUCAAAAUGAACCGUAUGCGACUUCGUAUCGCCGAGCGUCUCAAGCAGUCCCAGAACACGGCUGCGUCACUGACGACGUUCAACGAGGUGGACAUGUCUAACAUCAUGGAGUUCCGAAAGCUCUACAAGGAGGAGAUUCUCAAGAAGACUGGAGUGAAGCUGGGCUUCAUGAGCGCCUUCUCGCGCGCUGCGGUGCUGGCGAUGCGCGACAUCCCCGCCGUCAAUGCGUCCAUUGAGGGCCCCAACGGCGGAGACACCAUUGUGUACCGCGAUUACGUCGACAUCAGCGUUGCCGUCGCCACGGAGAAGGGUCUGGUCACCCCCGUUGUGCGCAAUGUUGAGUCGCUGGACAUGAUCAGCAUUGAGAAGGCUAUUGCCGAGAUGGGCAAGAAGGCUCGUGACGGCAAGCUCACGAUUGAGGAUAUGGCCGGCGGCACCUUCACCAUCAGCAACGGCGGCGUCUUCGGUUCCCUGAUGGGCACCCCCAUCAUCAACUUGCCCCAGAGCGCCGUCCUAGGUCUCCACGCCGUCAAGGAUCGCGCCGUGGUCGUCAACGGAAAGGUUGAGGUCCGGCCCAUGAUGUACCUGGCCCUGACGUACGACCACCGUCUGCUGGAUGGAAGGGAAGCUGUCCAGUUCCUGGUCAAGAUCAAGGAGUACAUUGAGGACCCCAGGAAAAUGCUGCUGUAG